AUGACGGAGCUGCAGUCGGCGCUGCUCCUGCGAAGGCAGCUGACAGAGCUCAACAAAAACCCGGUGGAAGGCUUCUCGGCGGGCUUGAUAGACGGCAAUGACCUGUACCGCUGGGAAGUGCUCAUCAUCGGUCCUCCAGACACCCUGUACGAAGGCGGCGUUUUCAAAGCUCAUCUCACCUUCCCCAAAGACUAUCCCCUCCGACCUCCAGAAAUGAAAUUCAUCACCGAAAUCUGGCACCCAAAUGUUGACAAAAAUGGGGACGUGUGCAUUUCCAUUCUCCACGAACCGGGAGAGGACAAAUAUGGCUAUGAAAAACCCGAAGAACGCUGGCUGCCCAUUCACACCGUGGAAACCAUCAUGAUCAGUGUCAUUUCUAUGCUGGCGGAUCCUAACGGAGACUCGCCGGCCAACGUGGACGCAGCCAAAGAAUGGAGGGAAGACCGAAAUGGAGAAUUCAAAAGGAAAGUUGCCCGCUGUGUAAGAAGAAGCCAGGAGACCGCUUUUGAGUGA